GUUCUCGGGGUUGAUUACACUUCCCUGAGCUAGCCAGGGCCUCGCCCGCGAUGCAAUUGUAGUGUGCACAUAGUUUACAAUUUCUUACCGUUUUCAGUCUAGGCUCUCAAAAACCAUGGCAGACGACGAGUUAGAGGCAAUUAGACGGCAACGAAUGGCAGAACUCCAGGCAAAGCACGGGGAUUCCGCAAAGAAUCAGCAAGGAGAGGAGGCCAAACAAAGAGAGACAGAGAUGAGGAACUCCAUAUUAUCCCAAGUUCUAGACCAGUCUGCUCGUGCCAGGUUGAACAGGCUUGCUUUGGUAAAGCCGGAGAAAGUCCGUUCAGUUGAGGAUUAUCUCAUUCAAAUGGCGCAGUAUGGUUCACUAGCAGGGAAGAUUUCUGAUUCGGGCUUGGUUGAGAUCCUAGAAAAAGUCAGCAAGCAAACAGAGAAAAAAACAACAGUCACAUUCAACAGGCGGAGGGUGAUGGAUUCGGAUGAGGAAGAUGAUUAACUCACAACUGAGCCUGUUGAAUGAACCAGGAAGUGAAGGCGAUGUGUUUCACAGGAACUCUUUGACCAUUGUGUUCCUGCUAGCACCCUGAAUUGUCACACUUUUUAUAGUGUCUCUCUGGAAAUUACACCGCAGAAGGGGAGAACAAUGAGAUGAAAUUGACUAAAUGGUUUGAGAGGUGUUUGAUAGAAUGCACACAGUGUCAAAUAUUUUUGCUUGCGGUUUCAUUUCACAUUUGCAUUACUCCUUUUGAAUUCUUGACAACACAUGACUGUUUUAAUCUCCUGCUCAAUUUUCAUGAGAUUCUUUUCUUCCCGGUUUCAAAAGUUCACCCACAGAAUCUUGGAAAAAAACAAAACAAAACAGCACAUGAUGUGUACUUAUAUUACAACUCAUUAUUCUCCUGCCUGGGCCAGAAAUAUUGGUCUUCUUUUUGCAAUCAUGUUUCGUACAUGUUUACACAAAAUAAAAACAAU